CUGCUCCCUAAUUUCACCCUUCUUCCCACACACACCAACCCCGAAACCUUCCUCUUCACUACACGACGAACAACCUCCCGCGACACAAAGCCUCAAAGCCCUACACGACACCGCAGAACCACCAGCAGCCAGUGCGAUCAGCCCGCCCCUCCGAACCAUCAUCAUGGCUCCGUCUAAGUGGGAUGAUGAAGAGGAAGAUAGCACGCCUCCAUCCUCCCCGCCCACCGUGCCCCUGGCGCGUCGUGGCAAGUUCGAAGACGAGGAGGAAGAUGACAGCGACGUCUUAGAAUCAUGGGACGCCGCCGAGGACUCCGAAGUCGAGCGCGAGAAGCAGAAGAAGGUCGACGAGGCCAAGGCAAAGGCUGAGGCCGAAGCAAAGGCCAAUCAUAAGUCAAAGUCACAGCGUAUCGAAGAGAAGCGUCAAGAGACGAUGAGGAGGCGACAAAUGGAAGAUGACUCCAGCGAGGAGGAGGAGGACGAAGCUGAGAAGCGCGCCCGGCUUCGCAAGACGGAGCAGGAUGCGGAUCUCGCCCACGCCCAGGAUCUCUUCGGCGAAAUCGCUAUAUCCAAGAAUCGCGCUGUGAAACCCGUCACGAUCCAGGAUACCGCCGAUCCCACGAAAGCCCUCGAUCUUUCCUCCAUCGCCCUUUUCAAUCCCAACACCAAGGACCAGUUCCUCAAGCUCCGCGAAACACUUGUCCCACUACUCACGGCCAACUCAAAGAAGGCGCACUAUACACUUUUCCUUCAGGAAUUCACGAAGCAGAUUGCCAAGGAGCUACCCAGCGACCAGAUCAAGAAGAUCGCCAGCGGCCUCACCACGCUAUCAAAUGAGAAGAUGAAGGAGGAGAAGUUGGCCGAGAAGGGUGGCAAGAAGUCCAAGGCGGCAAAGACGAAGACCAGCCUGGUUGCAUCACGAGACACGUCGUAUAGAGUCGACACGAACGCCUAUGAUGAUUUUGGAGACAGUGACGACUUCAUGUGAGGGUUUCAUCCGAAACCCACGCGACUCUGAGGACUUGAGGACCCCUCGCACGCUAUACCAGCUUCCUCCCGCACGGAGCACACCCUCCGACGCGAUUCCUCGACCGCAGGCGGCACCAUCCCAU